AGCAGGGCAGCAUUUUCGGCUCAAGUCUGCAGAUGCUGGGAAUGUUGGUGGGCUGGAGGCUCCAAAGAGAGUCCAGGCUCCCGAAAUGAACCACAAGUCGCACAUUAAAGGGCCACAGUGUGGCCCAGACCACACUCCGAAGGCGGGAGAGGAAUUGCAGAUGGGAAUCAAUGCUGCCUGUGUCCUUCCCAGUUUGCUGCAGGAUGGUUGCUAUGCAGACUAUUAACAAACAGUUAGCAAACCAUUGCUCAUUUGGUUGAAAGUGUAAAAGGUUCCAAAAAGGGUUCCCUUCAUUACAGCCCAUUAGAAGAAAAUGCUAAUGAGCUCCUUCAUUGAAGAUGUGGGCUCUUACCAAUGCGCUUUCCGUCUCUUUCAACAGACUACUUUCUCUUCAACAGUCCGUGGGGUUUCCCUUGAAGAAUUUCCACCCUUUGUGAUAAAACGGGCAAAGGGUGGGGGGUUAACAAACAAGCUUGAGGCGCAGGAUUUAACACUAAAUAUUAAGGGGAGAUGGGGAAUUUAACUCAAAAAAAAAAAAAAAAAACAGGAGACGCAGGUCACAGCUUGCAAACAAACUUAUGCGGGAAAAGAGGCGACAUGACCAGUUUUUACCACAGGCGAAUAGACAUGAGCAACUUUAGAAGGACUUCAUGAAUUAAUGAAAGCGGCGGCUGUGAGAGUGGCCAAGCCGCUCAGAAAGUUAGCAAACUUGGGCACGACUUUCGGACGACUCAUGGGUGGGUAAGGUGUAGCGGGGGAUGGCGGAAGGUGGUGAAAUCCUGGCCAGGACUUUUUGCUGUGAUCACAAAGAGUCCUUUAUAGAUGUAACCCGAGUCGCCACGUCAUGAUCCAGACAAACAGGUCGCCUAUAGCCUUCGCCCAUCGCCUCUGCUGUCACUUACAUCUAGCGGCGCCGUGGCGGCGACAAGCGGGAUUGAUACGGUACCUGCGCACCUGGAGCGCCGCUCCGGCAUCGUGCGCGCAACUCGAAGGGGGAAAGCAGCUCUCUCAGUGAGAUAUCACUUUUUUUUCUCUCAAUUUUCUCUCUCUCUCUCUCUUUUUUUUUUAAUGAAAACGAGAUUUUUAAAAGCAUACACAAAUUCUACCGGAUCUUCUCCGACUGUUAAAAGACACCACCCUCCCGUCGCGUGGUGCUUUGCGAGAAUGACUUUGUUAGACUGAUCCGGGAAAGUCGCGAGACAAAGUCCGAAUGGUUUCCGUCGGUGGACUAUAUGGAAAUUGUCAACAUCGGCAACGAAAUACUUUGUUCGUAUAACAUCGGGAAGCGGCUUAACGGGACCUGUAAGCAAUGUCGCGUAUUGGUAAUGAGGAAGAGCUAUGCGCAGUUCUUUGUGGCGGCAAUCGUCUGUAUUUUCUUUAUCCUCAUUUUGUGCUUCAAGAACCUGCCACCUCCGGUGCCUCACAUGCGCCUCCAGACAGCUGGCGGACCACCUGGCGUCACCGUCCUGCUGUGGUGGUACCCCUUCGGGAGCCAGUGCAAGAUGCCUGACUGUGCAGCCCUGUAUGGGGUCCAGGGGUGCAGAGUGACGACCAACAGGAGCUUUUACUCAGGAGCCGACGCCGUGAUCUUUCACCACAGGGACAUCCUGGGCAACGUCAGCAGGCUUCCUCAGAAUCCCCGACCACCUGCCCAAAAGUGGAUUUGGAUGAACUUUGAAUCGCCGAGUCAUACCUCCAACUUGGAGGAGUUCGAGGGGAUUUUCAACUGGACAAUGUCCUACAAGCUGGGCUCUGACAUAUUCAUGCCGUACGGCUAUCUGCAGCACAAGAAUACCUCGAAACCGAAGAAGCUGCCGCAGAAGAGGAAGCUGCUGGCUUGGGUCAUUAGCAACUGGAAUGAGGACCACGCUCGGGUGGCCUUCUACUGGAGACUGAGCAGGUACAUAAACAUCGACAUCUACGGCCGCGAUGCCAUGAGCCUGGUGAAUGACAGCGUGGUGCAAACCGUCUCAAAGUACAAGUUUUACUUAGCCUUUGAGAACUCUCAGCAUCCAGACUACAUCACUGAGAAGCUGUGGCACAAUGCUCUGGGUUCGAGCGCGGUGCCGGUGGUCUUGGGACCGUCCCGCUGGAACUAUGAGAAGUUCCUCCCGGGCAACGCCUUCAUCCAUGUGGACGACUUCAGUAGCCCCAGAAUGCUGGCCAAGUACUUGAAGUUCCUCGACAGGAACCCCUCAGCAUACAGGCGCUACUUCAGCUGGAAGCGGACGUAUCGUGUUCAUGUCACGUCCUUCUGGAACGAGCACCUCUGCGCCAUCUGCACGGCCGUCAAGGCCUCCAGGUACCAGACCAAAGUCGUUUCUGAUCUCGCUUCAUGGUUCAAUUCAUGAGCCUCGCAGACUGGUCUAAACUUUCAGAUUUGCCAAUAUUUUUUUUUUCCCAGAAAACCAUUUUUAGAAAAAUGAUCCCUUGCCAUUAAGCUUUAAGUACAUUUGCUUAUCAGCACAGGAAAGCAAAAUGACAGAAUCUGAUUUAAUAAGUUCCUCAUUUUCUCCACCCCACAGACUGAUGAAAUGUGUUUGUCUGUGAGCAAAAAAUAUGAAUGCCCUGUGAUUUAUUUUGUUUCGGAGAGGUUUAACUUGAAAUGUCUGUGAAACGUUGACAGUCACAUUGCCCUCAAACAGUCCAUCAAAUUCAUGGUUAAAUAAU